AUGAAAUCUCGCCGGAAGGGCCGCCGCCCCAGAUCCAAAGAGCCACGCUCACCCAUCUCCAAAGAGACGAGCAGCUCGCGCGAAGCCGGCCGCUCCAGCCACCGCAACGAGCACCACUCCGAGGCCCCAUCCCAGACCGACCCCCUCCAAGCACCCCAACACCAUGAUCCAGAUCUGGCCGCUCCAAAGAGGAAGCAGCCCAUCGGGCGGGGCAGCCAGCAACGGCCAGGCCUGCUCCCCAGGCCGGCCGGCAGCAAGAGGCACGGCCCCAGCCCGCGGGGAAACCACCAGGAUGCGGCGAUCUCCACACAGCCUCGCGCCGCCGAGGACGAGGUGGGCGAGCAGGGAGGGGGGCCAACGCGGGGAUGGACGGAGGAGGAGGUGGAAGGGGUCCCGCCGCCGCCGCGGGCCGGCCGGAGGCCGCUGGCGACGGCGGCGAGGGGAGGCAGACGAGGGUGGCGGCGCUCGGGGGAAAACCUAAUCGCCCCCGAGUCGCCUGCGGGAGACGACGCGGGGGUCAUCAUUCAGCCGAUGCCAGAAGGGAUGGAUUUUGUCCGUUCAGAUUCACGCAUCCCCGUUCUGCUGCACCACUGCCUUCACUGGAUCUAUGACCACAACAGGCUAGUUGUUUUUGACACAGUGGUCGAAUCAUUCAGGUGGAUGCGCUCUCCGAUUGGUGUCCAUCGCUGUCGCACUUCUCAUUUGCAUGAGAUGCAAGGUAUGCUUGCCAUCACUGGAGGAAGGGAAUUGCUGAAAACCUGGGCGCUGACAGACUAUGGGAGAGAGGUUUGGUCAUUCGUGCGUCAGAUUUUUCUCCCAAAGGUAAAAUGGGGGAUUUCAAGAUAUACGGUUGUGUCCGGAAAGGCAAACACAGAAUUAUUAUGUUCCACCUUUGAGCGCAUGUUUCACUACUCUAACAACAAGGGGAAAUGGCUGGAGGAAUUCCAGCAGGAACCCUGUCGUUCACGGAUUUUUAGCAAUCAUUUGUUCAAAGAAAGCCUCAUCAGCCAUUCAUUUUUUCCAAUGCAAAGCCUUGGGGGAAAACCAUAUUUUCUGCGAGGACUAGGUACACUGCUGAUGCUGGAUGAUCUAGUUUCCUGUUCUGUCUAUUUGGUACCCUGUGUACAGUACAUACGUAGCAAAAUUGAACAAAUUGCAUGUUCAUAG